AUGUACACGUUCAACACAGUGUUGAUCGUGUUUGCCGGUAUGUACCUGCUGUACCUGGUGUUUUACAUCCUCCAAUGCUCCGCGUCCUCGAGCAUUUCCUUCAACAGCAUGGGGUACCCCGUCGUGAGUGCCGCCGCGACCUUUUGGUGGUACAUCGCCCUCGCCCUUCAGAUCGCCGCCUUCGUCCUCUUCAUGGUCAUCCGCAUGCGGGUGCGCAAGGCGUUCCAAAUCCCCGGCACGCCCCUGGAAGACUGUGCGUGCUCGUUCUUCUGUUCGUGCUGCGUGCUAGCUCAAAUGGCCUCCCACACCGAAUCGUUUACCCCCAACCAAUGCACGUUCAGCCCCAAGGAUACGUUGCCAGGCUAUGAAUUUUAA